UUUUGAUUCUAUUUUUGGUUUUACAUUGAUUUGUGACAAACAGUUAAUUCAUAUGAAUUGAGUGACACUUAUAAUGAGUGAUGACUUUAGUGACCAAAUCUAUAGUUAAAUGUAAUGUUUGUCAUCAAUAGUACUGCUAUUUAAUGAUUAGUAUUAAUACAUUCAAUGCAUCCCUGAGUGAUGGGUCUGACUGUCAGUCAGUCAUUGAGUUCACUGUUUGCUAGAGUUUGUAGUGUUUGUAGUGUUUGUCAGUCAAUGAGUGACUGACUUUGAGUCACAAAACAGUCGACACAUAAAAAGGUUUUGAUUUUUUCCAAACAAUUAGUGUUUUGAUCGAUGUUUUCACUGAUUGUCUAAUUGACUGUCAUUUGAUUUAUCGGUCAACAAAUUGGCCACUAAUUGGUCAGUCAUUGAACUGUUUGUUUAAUCUUUUAAUCGUUAUAUUGAUGUCAAAGUGAUUGCCGGAAAAGAAAAACAAUGUCAAAGUUGUCGAUCGGAACCAAUGUUGACAUUCAAAGAACUAAUGGUCGCAUACAUUCAGCGGUCAUCAGUAAUAUUGAUUGGAAGACACGCAGUGUUACCGUUGAAUGGUCUGAAUCGGAUGAGAUUAAGGGCAAAGAGAUUGACUUUGAGUCCAUUUUUAUGUUGAAUCCUAAUCUCACCGAAACUAAUGGUAACCAAUCAGUUGGUGGUAUUCCUCGCAAAAUAGUUCCGGUGCGGCCAUCGGGCAUAACGGCCCCUUCAACUAAGGGUUCAUUACGAAUGCGACCAUUAAAUAAUAGACAAACAAUGGCCAACGGAAAUAAUGUUUCAUUGGAACCGUUACCAGUUGUCUCGUCAUCUGCUAAUAUAACCACUAAUAAUAUCAAUUCAAACCAUUCAUCUGCUGCUAAUAAGUCUGCUAUUUUGGCGGCAAAUUCACGACGAAGGUCUAAUGCAGUUAAAGAAGUGGAGAAAAUUAAGAAACAAAGAGAAGAAAGGAGAGCCCGACAGGCGGAACAAAAGGCUGAAAAGAUUGAGCUCAUGAAUGCUGUCGAUCCUAAUAAUCAAAGUCAAUGGGAGUUCUUGUCUAUGAUCAAGGAUUAUAGGGCUCAACUCGAGUUCAAACCAAUUACUAUGGAUUGUCCAGUGGAUUGCCAUCAGAUAUGUGUUGCCGUCAGAAAAAGACCGCUGAAUAAGAAAGAAUUUUCAAGAAAAGAUGUCGAUGUCGUCACUAUUCCCAAUAAAGACUUGACUAUAGUUCAUGAACCCAAACAAAAGGUUGAUUUAACCCGAUAUUUGGAAAACCAAAUGUUUCGCUUUGAUUAUGCUUUUGAUGAGUCGGCAGAUAAUGAACUCGUCUAUAAAUACACUGCUAGACCAUUGGUACAGACUAUCUUUGAUGGAGGAAUGGCUACAUGUUUUGCUUAUGGACAGACCGGUAGUGGAAAGACACAUACAAUGGGUGGAGAUUUUCACGGCAAGUCUCAAGAUUCUGCAAAAGGCAUUUACGCUUUAGCCGCCAGAGAUGUCUUCAAAUUAUUGCGAUCCUCGAAAUAUAGAGCCGAAGAUUUGACAGUUUUUGCCAGUUUUUUCGAGAUUUAUAGCGGAAAAGUAUUUGAUUUAUUGAAUGGAAAGGCAAAACUUAGAGUACUAGAAGACGCUAAAAAUCAAGUUCAAGUGGUAGGCCUUCAAGAAAGACGAGUAGAUAGUGUUGAAGAUGUUCUCAAAUUGAUUCAAAUGGGAAACAAUAUAAGGACUUCUGGUGUGACUUCGGCUAAUAAUCACUCGUCUCGUUCUCACGCAGUAUUUCAGUUGAUUUUAAAGAAACAAAAUGGAAGACUUAAGGGAAAAUUUUCACUAAUUGAUUUGGCCGGUAAUGAAAGGGGAGCUGACACUUCCAGUGCCAAUAGACAGACCCGUAUGGAAGGCGCAGAAAUUAAUAAAUCAUUAUUAGCUUUAAAAGAAUGUAUUCGAGCAUUAGGUCGAAAAGGAGCUCAUUUGCCGUUCAGAGCCAGUAAAUUGACUCAAGUCUUACGCGACUCAUUUAUCGGUGAAAACUCGAGGACGUGUAUGAUUGCUAUGAUAUCUCCCGGUGUUCUCUCUUGUGAACACACAUUGAAUACAUUGCGUUACGCCGAUCGGGUCAAAGAACUUGGAGCUGAAAAUCCAGAUUUUAAAGGCAGUGAUGGCGAUGAAGACAUGUCAGCCAGUGGUGAUGACUUAGCUCUUCUUCAUAAUUCUAAUUCAGGAGAAUUACCAGAAGAUUUGUAUACAUUUCAUGAAACUAUAUCUCACUUACAAGAGAUGGAGGAAGAAAUUCUCGAUUUGCAUAAAAAUGUGAUCGACAAUAUUCCGCGUUGGAGUCAAACACAUCUAGAACUUCUUCAGAUGACAUCAGAGGUUGACUAUGACGUCGAUGUUUAUGCCCAACAACUCGAAGAGAUAUUAGACGAUAAUUUGGAAGUUUUGCUAAAGUUUAAAGAAAAAGUGGUUAACUUUAGGACACAACUAAAUGAAGAAGAGUUAAUGAGCAAAAAGUUUGGCUAAACAUGACUGUGACUCAACUCAUAUUAAUAUUAAUGAAUAUAAUUAUUUUUUAUUAAAUGA